UUGGCCUCUGUCGUGCCCUCAAAUCCGUUCCCCCUCAUACCCCCACCCCGCGCUAUCUCGCUCUCUCUCUCUCUCUCUCUCUCUCUCCGUCUGUGUUGGGGAGUCGCGUUCUCGCGAGAGACAAGGCAAGGAGCUCUAGGGUUUCGUUUUUUGCAUCCUUUCCUUAUAGAAGAAAGUGGAAGGAGCGGGAAGAAACACAAACCCUAGUUUGUCUACCCGUAGAUACCUUUCUCCGGCGACAAGGGGAGCUCCGGCAAGGCGAACGAUGGUUUUCGGCGGCAACCUCCAGCGUGGCGACCCGGCGGAGCCUCGGUUUUCCGGAUCAUUUUUUCUGUUUCCUUUCAUAAUAACGCUGUCGUAGAAAAAAAAAUAAACAAGAAAUAAAGAAAAGAAAAGGUGGUAGCGUAAGAGCUUUUUUUAAUUCUAAUCCUUUUGAGUUUCUUUUCUCGAAUUAGGGUUCUGGUAGUCGCUUUCCCGUGGGAAUUUACGUUCCGGCGGUUUCCGUUCUCGUUGGCAUCUUCUCUUUGUGGAUAUGUCAACAAAUUCUGCCCCUUGGGAUCGACCACUUGAUCAAUGGAAGGUCAUUGAAUUGAAGGAUGAGCUUAAGAGGCGGAAGCUGAUAACAAGAGGCCUGAAGGAGGAACUUGUGAGGCGGCUGCAUGAAGCACUGAGAAAAGAGGCUGCUGAAGCCACUGAUAUGGGUAAUGGAUUCAAUUUGCAAGAUGAACCAUUGGUUACGAGCAAGGAUGUAGAGGUUAAGGAUGACGGUCAUGCAAAGCCUAAAGAUGGUGGAGAACCUCUUGUGAAGGACGUCCAGAACGAAAAUGUGCAUAUGGUCGAUGUGAAUGAUCCUUAUGCCUCAGUUGUUGCUCAAGAUGAUAGGGUGGGAAAUCUCAAUGACAAUAAAUGGCCUGAUUCAGAUGACAAAAGGGCAGGUGAGACUGCUGGGUUAACUGACUGCGGUCUUGGAGCCGAGGAGGAUCCAGCAUCAGUGAUUACUAAUCCCAGUGUAGAUGCAAAAAUUGAAGCUUCAAUUCCUGAGGACGUGAAGCCCCUUGAUUCAACAACUAUCUCCCAGGUAUCUGAGAGUGUGCCGGACUGUAAAGACUUUUCUGCUCCAGAACGAAAGGAUGAAGCUCCAAUAACUGAGGAAAGCGAAAUCGCCUCCGAACCCACUCCCCAGGUAUCUGAGAGUGUUCACCAAGUUGUAAAGUGUGAGUCUGUUUCUACUGAUUCUGUGUCAAUUAAACAAGAGAACGCAUUAAAGGAUAAUUUGAUUACUGAUAAUGUCUCUGUAGAACCAGAGGUUGUUAAGAAAGAGGUGCCACAGUCUUUAUCCAAUGCAGGUGAUCAUGGUGCUUCUGUUACGGAUGUUGAAGGUGGUGUAGAAAGUGCUGCCAAAUGUGGAGACAUCACUCAUGAUAUGGAUGUUGAUUCGUUUGGGAAAGGUGAUGCAGACAAUUAUGCUCAUGAAUGUGUUGUUGAAGAGCCAGUACAAGAGAAAGUGACUGAGAGUAAGAGUUCUGAUAUUACUUUGGAUGAUGAUGGUGGAGAUAAAGAUUUCAAAAUUCAAGAAUCUAUUGCAAUCGAUGAAAAAAUAGAAUCUGAAACUAGAACUGUUCAGAUUAACAUGGAAGAGAAGUAUGAGUUUAUCGAAUCCAUUGAAAACUCAACACAGCUUGCAGAGAAGAGGAAAGCUGGUACUGAUGUUGAAGUAGAACAUGAUCCUCCCAAACGACAGCGGAAAUGGAACAGUGAUCAUGAAUUGGCUAAGGUUUCUGCUGCAAGACCACCUAGACUGGACAAGGAAAACCUUCCCGAUGCUACUCAGACUUCUCCUCUUGCUGCAUCUAAUGCCAAUCUUUUGUCACCAAUCGAUAAAGCACAAGGUGUUAAGCUUGCUAGAACUGACUCUAAUAUUGAUUCUGAAGCACCCAAGGGGCGAGUUGUUCCUCCACCUCAGAGAUCACCUACGGCUUCUUUGAGAAUUGAUAAAUUUUUGCGCCCAUUCACAUUGAAGGCUGUACAAGAACUUCUUGCCAAGACUGGGACAAUCCGGAGUUUCUGGAUGGAUCAUAUUAAGACCCACUGCUACGUGACGUAUUCUUCUGUCGAUGAAGCAGUUGCAACCAGAGAUGCUGUCUACAAUCUUCAAUGGCCUCCUAAUGGUGGACGGUUACUGACUGCUGAAUAUGUUGAGCCUGAAGAUGUCAAGCUUCGGGUUGAAGGUGGGCCUCAGUCACCACCUGCUGUUAGUCAGCCAACAGUACCUCCUCCUCAGUCCAAUCAAGUGAAUCCCCAUGCAUCUGUGAAACCCCCUGUUCCUCCUGUUGUGCCACCUUCAUCAAAGCAGCAGCUGCCACCUCCACCACCCCUUACACCUCAGGCCCGACCACAGCAUGUGGGCCGUGAACGGCUGCCACCACCACCUCCACCUAAGAAGAUUGAGGCUCCAGUCCUUACACUUGAUGACCUGUUUAAGAAAACACGAACCACUCCUCGAAUAUACUAUUUGCCUCUAUCAGAAGAGCAAGUUGCUGCAAAAUUAGCCAGUACUGGUGCAGAUGGACGUGACAAGGCUGCAGAUUCUCGGCUUUGAAUUUAUUAACCUGUUAAGAAUCUACGCUUAGGGGAUGUUUUUUCAGAAAACUGGUGCUGCUAAAAUAUCAAACGGUGAUUUUGAAGACACUAUAUUUCUGUUACUGAUUUAAAAUAGAGCAGAUGUUUGCAGAUGGAAACCUUGUAUUUUACUAUUGACUCAUCAGCUAUUCUGGAAUAUGCUUUUGUUCAA